AUGACGGGUUCCUUAAUGACGAUGCCCAUGCUGAUCGUCAACAUGGGCGCCGAAAUGAUCUACGUGCUGGACCAACGUCUUAAAGCUCAGAACAUUCCUCGAGACAAGAGCUCCAAAGUACUGGAAGACAUUGUCAAGACAAUGCACAACGAUACAUUCAUGAGUGAGCUCUUCAAGCCUCACCGCAUGUAUUCGAACGUCUCGACGCGCCAGAUCUUCGAUCGCUUGGCGCAUUCGUCCAUCAUGCGACUCAACUCGAAUAGUAUGGAUAAGCUCUACGACCUCAUGCGCAUGGGCUUCAAGUACCAAGUAUUGUCAUGUGCCUCGGCCGACGAGUUACUUCAAGUGACUAUGAACCAUCUCGCCAACAUGAAAAACCUCGUGGACUCGGCUGCAGUCAAGCGACAAGUGGACGAGACUGUCCAACUCACCUCGGACAACUUUGGCAGCAUGAGUCCGGCAGACUUCUACAUGCUCAAGCAAUAUCUCUGUCGCUUCUUCCAGGACACGCGUAUCAAAGUGUCGCUCUUCCUCCAGAACGGCAUUCAGGGGAUGGACGGAACGCUGGCCAUUCACUACGAAGGCUUCACGGCUACAGGCGGCAAAGUGCCGGGUAGAAUUCGCUACUUUGACGCGUCGAACCGUGUUGAGGAAGAAAAAACGUUCGCUAUUGCCAGUGCGGAGGGAUCUGUUGAAGCGCCCGAAGGACCGGUACUGGAACGGGACCAGCUGAAUGCUCAUCUGGGCUUCAACAUGUACGAGGCCGACUCCAAGGACGGCACUGGAGGCUUCUCGCGCUCUACUCGCCAGCUCUUCGCCGACAGUAAAGCUCGCGGUGCUGGCUCAAGUUCAAGUGCGAAGGGUGUAAAUGCGCCAAAGCACCAAAAGACUUUUAAAGCCACCGCAGCGGAUGGACUCAACCUGCUCGCUGAUCUUGUGGGGAAAUCUUCGUCCGCGAAGGAUGUCGAAGGGGACAACAAGGCGUUGCGUAUCAACCUGUUCCCAGACGACCCCACGAAGCCUGGAUCUGGUGGAGAUGACGACGACGAUAAAGAAGUUCCUACGAUUUGGAUUGACGCUGCGAGUGACCGCAAGACUUCGACUGAUGCGAUACUGCAGGACUUCAAGAUGGACGAGACCAAACGCGAAGGUAAAGGAGGAGGCGACGACCUGCUCGACCUCAUGGACUCAACUGGCUGAUGCUUGAGAUACCUGCCCACUCACAAGUCUGACAAGAUGAAAACAACGCGCAGUGAAUCGUGUUAACAGAAUAUCAGCGACAGCAUACUAACCACGCGGAA